AUGAAAUUAUUCUUAAUAUUCAUUAUAUCUGCAUAUUGUAAAUCAGCCUCUAAUGAAACUAAUGAUAAUAAUACAGAUCAUGAAGAGAGAAAAUAAUUAAUGGAUGAUUGGGAAGGGUAGAUGGCUGACUUCAUUCCAGAUGACAUGUUAUCAUUUGAGUUAAAUAAGGGAGAAGUGGAAAUUUUAGAAUAAUAUAUAAAACACCCAACUAAUAUAAGAGGAGCAUUCUUUUUAUCAAUUAUGAAUAAAGAAAAAAUUGAUUUUAGUGUAUGAUAGCUAUUAACAUCCUAUAGAUCAAGGAUCCAAGAGGAAAAAUUAUUGACAAUAAGAAUUAAAAGAAAGAAGCCGUUUUUUCUGUAAAUAUCACCAAUCCUGGAAAUUAUAAAUUUGUGUUCAGCAAUACAAAUGUAAAAACUCAUUUAAUUCAGAGGGCAAAAGCAAUCAUAUUGUGACUUUUGCAAUAGAUAUUCGAAAUGCAACUUAUGAACAUAUAAAAGAAUCGGAUUUAGAUCCCAUUUAAAAAAAGCUAUCUAGUUUAUAUACUGGACUGAAUGAUCUAAUGUUUGAUACUAAAUUUUCAUAAUAAAAAAGAGAAGGAGGGUAUCAAUUUUUGAGGGAUAAUAAUAAGAUAUAUUUCAUUUAUACAAUUGUUGAAACUUUAAUUAUAGUUAUUGUUAGUAUUUGGCAGGUAUUUUAUAUAAAACGAAUUAUUGGAGUGCAGCGUAAAUUUGUUUGA